AACACAAGCUACAUUCCAAACAGCUAAAUACGAAUGUAUUGCCGACGUAAGAACUGUAUAAAUAUGGCGGCAGUGAAGUGGGCGAUUGUGUUGUAUGGUCUCUUUUCCCUAGCAGGUGCGGAAUAUUACGUGUUCAUGAAUGGGGACAAGGCCAACCAAGGCAAUGUAGAAAUUAACAACGGUACAGCCUGGUACAACCUCUGUACAGACGGAUGGGACGAUACCGACGCCGCAGUGAUGUGUCGUAUGUUAGGAUACACUGGAGACGGUGCCAAUGCCAGUGUUAGUGAUGACGGAGUUACAUUCUCAUCUCAGUUACAAGACAAGUUCGACUGUGAUGGCACCGAAUCAUCUCUUCAGGAUUGCCAGACAAGUAGCAAUAAUGCCAAUGCCUGUGAAAACAGCACCCGGUCACACAUGGCUUGUUCUGAUGAUCCUGUACCGAACGAUUUCUUUCUCGUAUCGCUCGCAACUGCAAUAGCGAGGAUGGAUCGGAAAACUGGGAGUCUAUCAUUGGUACAAUCCGGAACACUUGAGCGGGUUAUCGCUAUUACUUAUGAUAGCGUACGGAAUAAUAUAAUCUGGACGGAUAUUAAUUUGAAUCAGAUCGCCCUGUGUGGAAUUAACGGAGGGGACAUAACCGUUCUUCACCAGGCUGGUAACGCCAGUGUCAUGGACGGAAUUGCCAUUGAUGAAGGUUCCCGCCAGGUAUUUUACACUGACACAGGAUAUGACGAAAUCGGAAUGAUAAACCUCGACACUUUAGUGAAAACGAUUGUGAUCAAUACGGAUCUCGAUGAGCCAAGAGCGAUUGCUUUGGAUACAACAACCAGGGAAAUUUUCUGGACUGACUGGGGAGCAAAUCCGAGGAUUGAAAAAUCAAACUAUGACGGAUCCGGUAGGACAAUUAUUGUCAGUACUGGGCUUGGCUGGCCAAACGCUAUCGUCCUCAAUGGUGACGUCUUGAUAUGGUGUGAUGCCCAGACGGAUGUUUUCGAGAGUGUGCAUACAAACGGAACGGGAAGAGUUGAAUUGAUAUCAUUUAACAACCAUUGUUUUGAUUUUGCCAUCUACGAAGAGUACAUAUAUGUUAACGACUGGGUUUAUUCAAAGAUGGUUCGAGUUCAGACAAAUGGCAGUGUUGCUGAGCUGUUUGGACCUUCGUUAAGCCGACGAUAUGGAAUAUUUCAUUACAUAAAAGGUAACAUCAGUUAUAUCUACGAAUUCCUUUCCGUUAAAUCUGUAAUUGUAAUUUUAUAUUUGCUUCCGAAUUUUAAGAUAUAUAUAUUUAUUUAUUGGGCAUUGAAAUAAUAGAAAUAAAUCUUGGAUAACAAUAAAUUAUCAAAUGUAAAACAUCAUACACUAUAUUGUUCUUCGUAGUGAUUAUGUAUUGUAUGCUUCACUGAUUACUGGCAUUUAUGUUAAAUUAUCACACAUUACAUCGCUGUGAUGUUUGUCCAGUUAUGUAUAGUGCAUGAUUGAAUACUUAAUGCUUGAUAAUUACCAUUUAUAUUGAAUGGUUAAAUACUAUAUGUUUAUAAUUACCAGUUCUAUUGAAUGGUCAAAUACUAAAUGUUUAUUAUUAUCAGCUUUAUUAUAUGAAAGGAUAAUUUU